CUACUAUGUUAGUUUCCUGUUUUAUGUUACUUUAUGUUUUCUUUAUGGUAGAUUUCUAACCUCUUUUCUUUAGGAAACUAACUUCUUAGCUCUAGAACGCUCCCCAUGGAACAAACUCAUAUCUUUUACAAAAGAAAGUUAAGAAACGAUUCAAGCCAAUUGCUUCGUAUAAGAAGCUAAACAAAAAAAAAAGAACUUGUACUUGUACUUGGGCCUAUAAUGGGCCGGCCCGCCUUUCCCUUUUCUUAGUCAGAGCGAUGAGAGAGCAAAGGGGAGAGUUGACACGGAGGAGGAUGAUGCUGAUGAAGAGCGGUGGUGGCACGGCCAUGGCUGUCCCUUGCAGACCGCCCAUGUGCUCCGCCACGGCUUCCAAUAUCAACUCAGAAAACCUACGUGUCCAACUGGGUCAGCUUCAUUCUGAGGCUGAGACCGCCAGAGACAAAGCUAACAAUGCAAGGUUGAGGCUUCUGCGGCUGUCCGAGGCGGCUGAGAAGCUUAGACGGCAAGCAGCAAUCAAUGUCCGGAGCGGGAGGGAAGAUGAAGCGAGGGAAAUGCUUUUUCAGAAGAAGAAGGUCAUGCAGGCAUUGGAGAAGUCAAAGAAACGGAUUGAAUUGCUUGAUGAGCUUUCGACAAAGCUUAAUGAGGCAAUUUCUGUAAAAGAGAGGCAGCUAAUUGGAAAUGUUGCUUUGGAUCUUGAAGUUGUCAGAGAAGAUGCUUCCAGUCCAGUUCGAAUUAUAUCACCAACACCUGAAGACGGAGAAGAUUUGGAUGAGGUCGAAGAACUUGUCCCCAAGGGAUCAAAGCUUACUGAUGGCCAAGAUAACUUGCUCCUUACGGAGAAUCAAGCUAGCUUACAUGUUGAGCCAGAGGGAGAUGAUGUUCGGAAACCUUUAACAAGUGGGGUUUGGAAUGAAGAUGACACAAUCAAUUGCUUUCAGGGAAUAACCUCUUUUGAGAAUUUCUUGGAGCAUCUGGAUGAUAAACUUAACAAAAUCGAAGCAGAACUUGUCACUGUAUUAAGGAUCUCAACCUUGGUAGUGGACAACCACGAGAAGGCAACAAAUUUCAAGGUGCAACAGAUAAUGGAACUUAUUGAGAGUAUAGGUGGCAUUAGACAGAGAAUUUCAAGUAUCAAGCUGGCAGAUGCCGAGAGUUAGGGACUGCAGGUUGAGGAAGUGAACUGCCCUCCUAAAUUGAUGAAUUUUUUUCGGCCUUCACAA